ACACAACCACAUCCUCUCCUCUCCUUAUCACAAAACACACAACAAGAACAAUAAGUUUGUGAGCCGACAUGAGUCCCCUCCAAACUGAUCAGCUUGGUGAGCCGUCGCCAAUGAGAAAGAUGAUCUCAGUGUCUUCGAUCGCUGCUGGGGUGCAGUUUGGCUGGGCGUUACAGCUAUCUCUCCUCACACCCUACGUGCAGCUUCUCGGCAUCCCACACAAGUGGUCGUCCCUCAUCUGGCUAUGCGGUCCCAUCUCCGGCAUGCUUGUCCAGCCGACCGUCGGUUACUACAGCGACCGAUGCACGUCCAAGUUCGGUCGUCGGCGUCCUUUUAUCGCGUCGGGAGCGGUACUCGUCGCAGUCGCGGGGAUCUUGAUCGGAUACGCCGCUGAUCUCGGACGAGUACUUGGAGACAAACUCGAGGAGACAGUGAAGGUGCGUGCGAUAUGCAUCUUCGCUCUCGGGUUCUGGAUCCUCGACGUAGCUAACAACACUCUCCAAGGCCCUUGCCGCGCUUUCCUCGCGGACUUGGCCGCGGGGGACGCGAGGAAAACGCGGACCGCAAACGCGUUUUUCUCGUUCUUCAUGGCGGUUGGAAACAUAUUGGGAUACGCGGCGGGUUCUUACACCAACCUUCACAAGAUCUUUCCCUUCACGAUGACUGAAGCUUGUGAUAUUUAUUGUGCCAAUCUCAAGAGCUGUUUCUUCCUCUCCAUCAUUUUACUUUUGUUUGUCACCGUUUCAUCGUUAGGGUACGUUAAAGACAAGCAAUGGUCGCCGGAGGAAGCAGACUCCGACGUGAAAACGCCCUUCUUCGGGGAGGUCUUUGGAGCUUUCAAGGUGAUGGAACGUCCCAUGUGGAUGUUAAUAAUAGUCACGGCGUUGAACUGGAUCGCGUGGUUCCCUUUUCUUCUGUUCGAUACUGAUUGGAUGGGUCGUGAGGUGUACGGUGGAGACUCGAGCGGAAACGAGAGUUCGAAGAGGCUUUACAACCAGGGAGUCCACGCUGGUGCGUUGGGACUGAUGAUAAAUGCGAUCGUUCUUGGGUUCAUGUCGCUUGGUGUUGAAUGGAUUGGUCGGAAAAUGGGAGGAGCUAAACGGCUUUGGGGAGUUGUGAACUUUAUUCUUGCUGUGUGUUUGGCCAUGACGGUUUUGGUUACAAAGUUGGCGGAUGCUCACAGGAAAACCGCCGGUGUUUUAGCCGGUCCGACCGAUGGCAUUAGAGCUGGGGCAUUGACUCUCUUUGGUAUUCUUGGUAUUCCACUUGCUGUUACGUUUAGUAUUCCGUUUGCACUAGCUUCCAUAAUCUCAAGCAACUCUGGCGCUGGCCAAGGUAUUUUAAAUUUCUUUUCAUAUAUAUUUUUUAAUUAUUUAUGGGUUUUGGUCAAGCAUACCAACUUUACCAUGUCCCAACGUAUAGGGCUUUCCCUGGGAGUUCUAAAUCUGGCAAUCGUGAUACCACAAAUGGUGGUGUCACUUGGAGCUGGACAGUUCGAUUCUUGGUUCGGAGGUGGAAACCUACCAGGAUUUGUGGUCGGAGCAAUUGCAGCGGCAAUCAGUGGUGUAGUGGCAAUAACUGUUCUACCUUGAUUAGAUCUAUGUUAUGUGUGUUUAUCACGGCCGGCUUUAGUAUUUUAAUACCCCUAUAGACCAAGAAAGAGUUAUAAGGCCAAGUUUGAAUUAUGUUUAUCUGUCUGUCAAAACCUUGUAAUUUUACAUAUAUUUGGUAUGAACUAUUCAUUUGUCUUUUUUUCUUUUUUUAAUUAAAUUAAAUCCAUUAAAACGAUUCUUCCUAGAAAAACAAUGCUCGCAGAAGAAGCUACACUGUUUCAUAUAAUGUCUGUAAAAAAAACACAAAAGAUGCAUAACAUAAUGGUAGUAAACAAAA